AUGGCUUACAUCCCGUGUAUUUUGAGCUUUUUCUUGGUGGCUUUCGCCACUUAUAACCCUCAAGCCGUUGCUUCACCGUUGAUCCUGCCUUUGGAGCCGGAGGUAACCCCCACUCUGCAAAUCUACGCCCAGCGAACGGUACAAGAGGGCCCGGCAGCAGCAGAAGCGGACCAGCAGCAGCAGCAGCAGCAGGAGGAGCAGCAGCAAGAGCAGCUGCAAGAAACAUUUGUUUCCCAUGAGGCGGUUGUCAGGGAAGAGAACGAGGAGGGAGCUUGCAGCACACCUACGAGUUCUUGA